GUGCGCCGGGCUUCAGGGUCUCAGACACCAGGCAGCAGCAGCAGCAGCAGCAGGAGCUACAGGGAAGACCAGAGGCCAGGGCCAUGGAAGACCAGCGAGACCUCAUCUCCAACCAUGAGCAGCUACCCAUGCUGGGCGAGCGUCCCCGAGGCUCAGAGAGCAUGUGCGGCCGUGGGGCCCUCUACACUGGCUUCUCCAUCCUGGUGGCGCUGCUCCUGGCUGGCCAGGCCACCACUGCCUACUUCCUGUACCAGCAGCAGGGCCGCGUGGACAAGCUGAUGGUCACCUCGCAGAAGCUGCAGCUGGAGAGCCUGCGCAUGAAGCUUCCCAAGCCGCCCAUGCCGGUGAACAAGAUGCGGUUCGCCGCCCCCAUGCUGAUGCGCCCGCUGCCCUUGGAAGGCCUGCCCCAGGGGCCCACACAGAAUGCCACCAAGUACGGCAACAUGCCCCAGGACCACGUCAUGCACAUGCUGCUGAGGUCUGACCCCACAAAAGUGUACCCGCAGCUGAAGGACAGCUUACCAGACAACCUGAAGCACCUUAAGAACACCAUGGGGACCCUGGAAUGGCAGGCCUUUGAGGGCUGGCUGCACCAGUGGCUCCUGUUUGAAAUGAGCAAGAACUCCCUGGAGGAGAGGCCCGCCGCCGAGAGUACAACGAAAGCACUGACCAAGUGCCAGGAAGAGGUCAGCCGCAUCCCUGCCACCCACCCGGGCACGUUCAGGCCCACGUGCGACGAGGACGGCAACUACUUGCCGCUCCAGUGCUAUGGGAGCAUCGGCUACUGCUGGUGCGUCUUCCCCAACGGCACCGAGGUCCCCCGCACCAGGAGCCGCGGGCGCCACGACUGCAGUGAGCCCCUGGAGCUGGAGGACCUGUCCUCUGGGCUGGGGAUGACCAGGCAGACCGGCUAUCAAGUGUACGUCUGAGAACAGCCAUGGCUGCUUCACACAGCCACCCCUGCGUGGCCACAGCUUUCUAG